AUGCCAAACUGGGAACGUGAAUUUGUCUCCUGCACUUCCGCCACCAGCGCACGCAAUGGCGCCGGUUUUAACCCUUGCCAGGGCCUCUACUUCAAGCCCAGUGGCAAACCGGCAAAAACAGCACUCAUUGCAACCCACUACAACGUUGACUUCAGCGAGCAUUACCUCGGCCCUUAUAUGGCAGAGCGUGGUUUUGGUUUUCUCGGCUGGAACACACGCUUUCGCGGCAAUGAAGCAUUUUUCCUGCUGGAACAUGCACUUAUCGACAUAGGCGCCGGUGUUAAAUGGCUGCGUGAAACCGCCGGCGUGGAAAACAUUGUCAUCCUUGGCAACUCCGGCGGAGGCUCCCUGAUGGGCGCUUAUCAAUCACAGGCACUCGGCGUCACCAUGUCUGCCACGCCGGGUCUCAAAAUACCGGAUGCGCUGCAUGACCUGAUACCUGCGGAGCUGUACAUAUCCCUGUGCGCCCACCUUGGACGCCCGGAAGUGCUCACCGAUUGGUUUGACCCGUCCAUCACAGAUGAGCGCGACCCAACCAGUAUUGACGAAAGCCUUAACAUGUUUAACCCGGACAACGGGCCACCCUACGCAGCUGAUUUCAUAGAGAAAUAUCGAGCCGCCCAGCGGGCACGCAAUCACCGCAUAACCGACUGGUGUUAUGCGGAACUGGAACGCCUGGCAGAACUGGGUAUGACUGAUCGGGCGUUCAACAUGUAUCGCACCUGGGCUGAUCUGCGGCUGAUGGAUGGCACCAUGGAUCCAUCUGAACGGGAAGUUGGACGCUGUUACGCCGGCGAUCCGAAAACUGCCAAUUUCUCUCCCAGAGGCAUCGGCUUGAACAAUACAUUGCGCACCUGGCUGUCGAUGUGGUCAUUGCGCGAUUCGCACUGCAGCGGCACCGAACAUCUGAGUCGAAUAUCUCAACCAGCGCUGGUAAUUCAAAGCACAGGAGAUACCGGCGUAUUUCCCAGCGAUGCCAAAUCGAUCUACGACACGCUCGCAAGUACGGACAAACAUCUUGAGAUGAUCCCUGGCGACCACUAUCUGGAAAACCCGGGUGAUGCACGCGACAAAGUCGCGGACAUGAUUGUCGAUUGGUCGACAUUGCCAGAAAGGUGCUGGCGCAGACUUACGCAAACCUUAGCGAUCAUCUUGGAGAAACCCAUGAUUGAGUAUCCGAUCCUACCCACCUCGCUGGUGGGCAGCUACGCCCAACCGGACUGGCUGAUUGAUAAAUCACGUCUGGGUGCGCGCCUGCCGCCCAGAGUUAUUCUGCAUGAAUUGUGGAAACCCGCACCGGAUGAUUUAGAAGAAGCGCAGAACGACGCAACGCUGAUUGCCCUGGAUGAUCAGCGACGCGCCGGUGUGGACAUUGUCACCGACGGCGAAAUGCGGCGCGAAAGCUAUUCCAACAGAUUUGCAAACGCGUUGGAGGGUGUAAACAUAGACAACCCCGGGGAAGCCAUCGACCGAACUGGUAAAAAAGUGCCUGUGCCUCGUGUCACCAGCGCGAUCAGACGCCGGGCAGCAGUAGAAGCGCCGUAUAUCGCUUUCCUCAAAGCACAUACCGACAAACCCAUAAAAAUUACCCUGCCGGGGCCUUUCACGCUGGCACAACAAGCCGAUAAUCAGUUUUAUGAAAACGACGGCGAUCUGGCAAUGGCCUACGCCGAGGCUGUUAACGAAGAACUCAGAGAUCUUUUUGCAGCGGGCGUGGAUAUCGUACAACUGGACGAGCCUUAUGUGCAGGCGCGUCCCGAGGCUGCUCGAGAGUACGCGGUGGCCGCCAUUGACCGCGCUUUGCAGGGCGCGGCAGGCCCUACCGUCCUGCAUGUCUGUUUCGGCUAUGGCAAGCACGUUGAUAACAAACCUGAGGGAUAUGCAUUCCUCGGAGAGCUGGAUGCCUGCCGCGCAGACGAGGUGUCAAUUGAAUGCGCGCAACCCAAACUGAAAAUGGAUUUACUCGCUUGCCUGCCUAACAAAAAAGUACACGUUGGUGUUUUAGACCUGCGUGAUACAACACCUGAAACGCCAGAGAUGGUUGCCGAUCGCAUCCGCGCCGCGCUUAAGGUCAUACCUGCGGAGCAGAUUGUCGUCGCACCAGACUGCGGCAUGAAAUACCUGUCACGUGAGGUUGCCUUUGAAAAGCUCCGCAAUAUGGUGCUGGGCAGAGACAUUGCAGUGGAUGACAUUGCCAGCUAUGUCGACAGCUUCCUCAGCCGCCAGCCGGGCUUCAUCCAAAGCCAGCUGCUGGCGAGCAACGAUGGGCAGACCCUUGUCCACCAGGCCCAAUGGAUAAAUGAAGCCGCGUUCCAGGGCAACAUCGCCAAUGCGGUGGUCGACUUUUCGAAACAUACGGUUUCGCUGGUUGCCAUUGUCAGCGAUCAGAUCAGAGAGGGUAAAGCAGUCACCGGUCUGGCCUUCAAUUCCAUAGGUCGUUUUGGCCAGGGCGGCAUUCUGCGCGAGCGCAUGAUGCCCCGCCUGCUGGAGGCAGAUCCAGCAUCACUAUUGAGCGCGGACGGCAAUCGCUUUGAUCUGACAAAAGUGUCCGCCGCCAUCAUGCGCGACGAGAAACCUGGUGGGCACGGCGAUCGUGCCGGUGCAGCGGCAGCCCUGGAGCUGGCGUUCUGGGAUCUCAACGCAAAACUCGCCGAUCAGCCUGCGUAUCAAUAUAUCGCGCAGACCCUAGAGCAGAUGCCGCCCGUACCGGGUGCAGAAGUCUACGCCGCAGGCGGCUACUACUACCCGGGCGGAUCGAGCGGCCGUUUAGCGGACGAGCUGAAGUCCUAUCAGGACCAGGGGUAUCAGUCCUUCAAAAUCAAAAUUGGCGGCGCCUCGCUAACAGAAGACAUGCAACGUAUUGAGGCCGCUAUCAACAUUGCGGGCAGCCCAGGAGCUAUAGCAGUGGAUGCUAACGGGCGGUUCGAUCUGCCCACCGCGCGGAUCUAUGCAGAACAACUGGCUACCUAUAACCUGCGCUGGUAUGAAGAACCAGGAGAUCCGUUAGACUACGCCCUGCUGGCAGAACUCGGCGAGCACUACCACGGCUCAAUUGCCACCGGUGAAAACCUUUUCAGCGCGGCUGAUACCCACAAUCUGAUGCGCUAUGCCGGCCUGCGUCCUGACAAAGACAUUCUGCAGAUGGACCCGGGUUUAUCUUACGGCCUGACCGAGUAUCAGAAAAUACUGCAGGUCACCAGCGACGCUGGGUUCCCCAGGACACAGUGCAUUCCUCACGGUGGUCACCUGAUCAAUCUGCACAUUGUCACCGCGCUGGGGCUGGGGGGUUGUGAAGCUUAUCCCGGUGUAUUCAACCCGUUUGGCGGCUAUUCCGCACAAAGUCGAAUUUUCGACGGACGGGUGUUUCCCAGCGAUGCACCUGGCUUCGGCCUGGAGCAGAAAACAGAAUUAGUACCUUUUAUCGAGCGCCAUGACGUCUCUGUCGUCGACCCCAAUGAAGAUCACAUCAACACAAUCAACACGCACGGACUGCGCGUCAGUGGCGCAAGUGGCGAUCGCACCGUGCAGCUGCAGGGCUAUACCACUCCCCCCGAGAUGCCAACAGACCUGAUCAUCUGCGCGGUGAAAGCGCGUUUUAUCGAAUCUGCAGCCGCCUCUCUGCAACCCCUUAUCGCCCCACACACGCGCGUGCUGACCAUCCAGAACGGACUCGGCAGUGCGGAAACAGUUGCCAACCACGUGGGUGAGGAACGCCUGCUGGUCGGCGUUGCCCAGGGGUUUGGCGCUUCACUGCCGGAGCCCGGUUUUGCACACCAUAACGACAUGAAAGCCAUCCGCAUGGGGGCUUACGACAGCCUUGCUUAUGCUGAAGUCAGCAGCAUUGCUCAAGUGUGGGCAGACGCCGGAUUUGAUGCCGCGCCGGUUAUCGACAUCGCAGCUAUGCAAUGGGAGAAACUCAUCUGCAACGUCGCCUAUAGCGCACCUUGCGCCAUUUCAGGCUUGACCGUAGGUGACGUCCUCGAUCACCCGCACAUGAGUAUUGUCAGCAGAGCUGCUGCACGGGAAGCUUUUGACGUGGCCAUAGCGUCAGGCGUGACACUGCGGUUUACCGACCCGGAUAGAGAGAUUAGAGACUUUGCAGAACGCAUGCCCAAUGCCAAACCCUCGGUGUUGCUGGAUCUGGAAGCAGGUCGCAUCAGCGAAGUAGACGUGAUCAAUGGCGCAAUACCACGACAGGGUGCAAAAGUGGGCCUCAACGCACCUGUUAACGCAACCUUAACUGAACUGGUUCAGACACUGGAAUCAAAAGACCAGAUGGUCGAUAUCACUUACCUACUGCUGGGCGUUCUGGUCAUCUACUUCAUCGUGGUUUUCAACCAACUGAUCGCCGCGCGCAACAGUUGUACCAAUGCCAGAGCAGGUAUUGACGUGAAUCUGGCGCGCCGCCACCAGCUCAUUCCCAACCUGGUAACAGUGGUUAGUGGAUAUGCUGCCCAUGAGAAAAGCACUCUGACUGCAGUGACUUUAGCGCGAAGCCAGGCGAUAGAUGCAUUAGGCGGCGCGCAGAGUGCUGGGGCGGAGGCAGGUCUGGCUCAGGCAUUAGCCCUGUUAAACGUUCGCCUGGAAGCCUACCCGGAGUUGCGGGCCCAGGUCCCUUUUAUCAAUCUGAUGAAAAAUCUGACCGAAGCAGAGGAACAGAUCUCAGCCUCACGGCGGGCCUUCAAUGCCCAUGUGAUGCUUAUGAACAACCUUGUGCAGCAAUUUCCAACCCUGAUUGUUGCCAAACUGUGCGGCUUCAGCGUCCAGACGCCUUAUGCUGCCGAAACAGGCGCCCAGCAGGCCAGCAAUUCUGCACAUCUGACCGGACUGGAAGAGACUUUUCAAAUUUUGGAACGUCAGCGCCGUCGGGCUAUCAGGGCAUUCUGGCUCACGUUGUGUAAAGCUUUUCUGUUGCUGCCAUUUUGUUUGUUGCCUGCAUUGCUCUUCUUACCAAGUGACGAUGUUAUUGUUUUGCAGACACUGACAGAACAGAGCGCAUCGCUUCUAGGCUGGGAGGCUGAAGGAGCAGCAAAUCUUGCCUUGGGCUUGUUCAUCGGCGGCUCGAUCUGGUUCUUCGGCGGGUUGUAUCUUCUGCUGCGUUACUUCAACCGGAGUGGGCGAGAACCCGGCUGGGCCUACCUGCGUGACUAUAAAUCUACAAUCUUCAGCAGGAUUUGCGCUUCACAUUUCCCGGGACUCGCUUACAGGCCUGACAACGGAAUUCCAUGGCGCGUCCUUGAUGACAGCAACCUGUUUCCCUGGAUCAGUGACUGGUACCAGAGUGAAGAUCUCUUCGAAGGUCACGUACAGCAGACUGACAUUACCUUUGCAGAAGCACAUGCUAAACGAGAGCGCCGCCGGGUGACCGGAGAUGGUGUCGAAACGUAUCUGGACAGCUACUUUCGCGGCAUCAUUUUCAUUGCUGAAUUUCAUAAACACUUUCACAGCACAACCCGCAUCACGCCGGCAGGUGAAAAGCAGAAACGUGUCCGCAGGCAGAAAGAAGUUGUGCUUGAGGACCCGGAGUUUCAGGCUCAGUUUGCCACGGUAAGACAAAUCAACAGCUUUAUUAGUGAUGUUGAAGCGCUGCUCGCCCUGGUUAACGAACUCAGUCUGCAAACUUUGCUCCCGGUAAGCCACGACAGGCAGCCCAGGACUAUGAAAAUGUCUAAAUGGGGCGUUUUCCUGGCAGGUUGGAUCGUUAUCCUGUUUGGCGCGGGGCUCGCGCACUUCAUCCAGACAUCUUCUGAUGUCACGAUCAAAGAUAUUCGUUUUCAAAGUGCAAACGGCAACACGCUGAGCGCACUGUUGUAUCUGCCUGCCAGCGCCACCGCUGACAACAAAGCCCCUGCCAUCCUUGCCGUACACGGUUAUAUCAAUUCACGUGAAGUGCAAUCCGGAUUCGCUGUUGAGUUUGCCCGACGCGGCUAUGUUGUUCUCGCUUUGGACCAGACCGGCCACGGUUAUUCAGACCCUCCCGCCUUCAGUGAAGGAUUCGGUGGACCGGAUGCACUGCGAUACCUGCACGCGCUGGACAUGGUGGAUACGGAAAAUAUCGGCCUGGAAGGACACUCGAUGGGUGGCUGGGCAGUGCUUGCCGCAGCUGCAGCCAUGCCUGAUGGCUAUCGCUCUAUUGUCCUGCAGGGUUCAAGCACAGGCCCUCCGUUUGCGGCUGACGGUACACCCACCUGGCCACGAAAUCUGGCGGUUGUAUUCGCUCAAUUCGACGAGUUUGCUGAACUUAUGUGGGGUGUGGCCCGCGCACAGGACAUUAAUCAGAGCGCCAAACUACAGACUCUGUUUGGCACCGAUAAAGACGUUCUGGCAGACACCCUGUACGGCAACAUCGAAGCCGGUACAGGGCGUAUGCUGAUGCAGCCAUCAGUCACUCAUCCAGGCAACCACCUUUCACAUGAAUCCAUCGCUGAUGCAUUGGACUGGUUCUCGCAAACCCUGACGGGAGGGCAGGAUCUGCCGUCAUCAAAUCAGAUCUGGUUUUUCAAGGAAAUCGGUACGCUGAUUGCGUUUAUUGGACUGGUUGUUCUCAUUCUUGGCAGCCUGCGUCUUUUUCUCAACCUCGAAUUCUUCAGCAGCCUGGCAGGCUCAACCGGUGAGGCAGCGUUCAGCCACCGAAACGUAAAGUGGUGGUUGCUGGCUACCCUGAGCGCUUUCUUGCCGGUCUUUACCUUUUACCCACUUUUCUCCUGGGCGGAGGCUUUGUUUCCACCCAACACCUGGUUUGCCCAAGGUAUAACCAAUCAGAUUGUGCUCUGGGCAUUGGUCAACGCGGCUUUCGCGACGGCAAUCAUGAAAAUGACGGCUACCGCGGCGCGACACAACGCCGAGUUACCCGGACGCAGCUUAGCGCUUGGAUGCCUUACCGCUGGUGUGGCGUACCUUACGGUCAUCGUCGUGGAUGUGGUGUUCACCGUUGAUUUCCGCUUCUGGUUUGUAGGCCUUAAAACCUUGAGCCUGCAACAGUUCCAGCUGGCGCUGAUCUACGUUGUACCCUUUCUCAUUUACUUCAUCGGCGUGCUCAGGCCCCUGCACUUAGGCAUGAGCGUAAACGGGGAUGGAUGGCUGACACUCUACACAGCCAACGCGCUGGCGAUGAUGGGCGGUUUCCUGUUAUUUCUGAUGGCUCAAUAUGGUUAUCUUUUCAGCGCGGGCACACUGCUGACACCAGGCGAACCACUGAACACCAUUGUAAUGAUCCAGUUUGUGCCCCUGCUUCUGAUCGUCGCCAUUAUCAGCACCUAUGCCUUCCGCAUCGGGCCUCACGACUAUCCAACCUGGGUCCUGGAAGUAGGACCGGCGAUCAUCGCUGCAGCGGUGCUAUGGUACACCCGGGAAUCCUUUCCCCUGACACCACUGACAUAUGUCCUCAUCCUGACUCACUGCAUUAUCCUCAUGGUUGGCGGACAUUACACCUACGCCAAAGUCCCUUUGUUCGACUGGAUCGCUGAAGUCUUCAACAGCGACCGCAACAACUACGACAAGCUGGGACACUUUGUACAAGGUUUUGUACCCGCUAUUGUUGCGCGGGAAAUUCUGAUCAGAAAAGCCGUUGUUAACGGCGAUCGCUGGAGAGCCUUUCUGAUUAUCUGUUUUUGCCUUGGCUUCAGCGCGUUUUAUGAACUCAUCGAAUGGUGGGUAGCCUUGUUAUCCGGCGAAGAAAUUGGCAGCGUUGAUACCAAAUUCAAGCUCAUCGGGCCAGAUCACAAAAUUGUCGUCGACGCUUUUGACGACAGUAAGGUUGAAGGCGUUGCCUGUCAUAUCAGCCGUGCGGUAACGGGUGGACUUAAAGGUGCCGUCGGACUGGCUGAAGACACAUCAGAUGCUUCAAUUUCCUGCCGUCAGGUCGGUCCAAUUACCUUCAAAGAUUCGUUGGAAAAAGGUGAGCAGGUGUUUACCGAACGGCGCUCAGUGCUUUUCAAACAGUUGCAGGUUGUUCGAUUCUGCGAUGAAACGAGAAAUACGCUGGUCUACCUGGCCUACAGUGACAGGAUCGUCGACGGAUCACCGCAAAAUGCCAUAUCAACCGUACCCAUCACGCCAUGGUCUGGUGCUCAGACACCACCACGCUGCAACGACGAGUAG